AUGCCCGCCCCGUCGCACGCUCCACAAGGCCCGUCCCGAGGUGCGGGCCGGCCCCGCAGCCUCCGGGUGCUAUCGCUCGACGGCGGCGGCGUCAAGGGCUAUUCGACGCUGCUCAUCCUCAAGCGCAUCUUCGAGGCCCUGACACCCGAAGACGGAAAGAGCCCAGAGCCCAAGCCGUGCGAUGUCUUUGAUCUCAUCGUCGGCACGUCGACGGGGGGGCUCAUCGCCAUCAUGCUCGGCCGCCUCCACAUCAUGGUCUGUGUGACGAGGAGCAUCACCAGCAAGGUCGACGUGAUCCGGAACUACACGUCCAGGCACCCGACGCAGCAAAACUACAAGUGCGCCAUCUGGGAGGCCGCCGCCGCGACGGCCGCAGCGCCCAUGUUCUUCCGCUCCGUCACGCUCAAGACGGGCGAGGAAUGGGUCGACGGCGCCAUGCGCCGGAACAACCCGAUCAACGAGGCCAUGAACGAGGUCAACCGCGAGAGCGAACGCGGCUGGGAGGGCCGCGCCAUCGGCUGCACCGUGAGCAUCGGCACCGGCGUCGCCCAGGUCCGCGAGGUGUCCAACUCGGCGGGCGCCCUCGUCAAGAGCGUCGUCAAGAUCAUGACCGACUCGGAGGACGUCGCCGACGCCUUCCUCGGCAGCUCCUUUGGGCAGCAGCUCGAGCGCAGCCACCGCUACUUUCGCUUCAACGUGCCGCAGGGCCUGCAGGCGCUCAAGCUCGACGAGUGGAGGGAGACGAAGAGGAUGAAUGCUUUCACGAUGGAGUACCUGUCCAAGUAUGAGACGGGCAAGUCGGUCGUCACUUGUGCCAAGUCGCUCCUUGAUCCGGACGCUGCGAUUCCGGUUGUCACGCGCAAGUUGACUCUCCGAGGUAGUCCAUGUGUGAAUUUCAUCGACAGGGCGGCCUACACGAAUGUUCUGAAGGACUUCUUCUGGACCUACGUGGGCGAUACGAGCCAGAUCUUUGUUCUUUGGGGUCUAGGCGGUGUUGGGAAAACCCAGCUAGCUUUAAAGCUUGCCGACACGAUGAGCCAACGGGUAUCGGUCAUAUGGAUCCGCGCAGACCAGUCGAAUAAUUUCAAGCUAGACUACUCCAAAGUCUUGAAUCGGAUGCUUCACGAUGAUGAUCAGCCCCCCAAGCUCGAGACCAUGACUGGUGCCGUUCUAGACGACCAUCUCGAGCAGACCAGGGACUACCUCGAGCACCACCCAGGCGACUGGCUCCUGAUUCUAGAUAACGCUGACGACAUGACAGCGUUCCGGGAGUCCGUGGAGAGUCAUCUACCGAUGCGAGGCAGGAUCCUCGUCACCACGAGGGACCCGCGGUUCCAGGGCGAUUUCGGAGCGCCAGACGAUGGCAUGAACGUUGUGCCCAUGGACGACGAACAAAGCGUCAAGCUCUUGCUGAAGCUCAUCCCAGCCAGGCUCCAGAACGGCGACGACGAAGAAAGCGAACGAGCCACGGAACUCGUCGACCUGUUGGGCAACCUGCCCCUCGCCAUCGCCCAAGCGGCAGCGAACAUCAUCGACCAGCAAGUCUCGCUGAGCGAGUACGCGGCCGCCUUCCGCGAAGCAACCGACAAGUUCGAGGCUCUCAAGGCAGCGACGCACGACCGACGGACCCGCGACCCGCGGAACGCGGUGCAGUCCGUGGCGCUGACCUGGCAGAUCUCGUUCGAGCGCCUCGAGCAGUCGUCGCCGCUGUCGGUGACGCUCCUCGGCUACCUGGCCUGUCUGCACUGGGACUCGGUGCCGCGCGACCUGCUGCGGCAGUUUCCAGAGUUUGCCGCGCUCAGCGACAUUGAGUUCCGCAACGUGCUGGCGCGCCUCAUGCAGCUGUCGCUCGUCGAGGAGUACGCCGUGGACGACUGGCCGCAGCUGCGCAUGCAUCCCAUGACGCACGAAUACGCCUGGAAGCGCACCAAAGAGGACCCCGCCGCGUUCAUCACGGGUUGCUUCCGGCUCCUGGGCGCCAUCUUCCCGCUCGUCAGCGGCGAGGACGACAAUACCUGGCAGCUCUGCUCCUACCUCGCGUCGCACGCGAUGCGCGUCGUUGGCCUGGCCCAGUCCUUGGCCCUGCAGAGCGAGAGCCAGCCGGGCCUGAUGCACGUCCUGGCACUGUACCUGAACGCCUUUGGCAACGUUCACGUGGCGUGCCAGAUGGCCAGCGAGGCGCUCGAGAUGGCCGAGCACUUUUGGCCCGAUCAGCCGUCGCUCCUCAACAGCUUCCGCUGGACCAAGAUUCAGUGCUUCACAAACGCCCAGCGCUUCGAGGAGUCGCUCGUGGACAUUGACACCUGGGCCGAGACGGCCGACCUGACUCUGGACGCAGACGCCGACGUCGCGGGCGCGUCGGCAUCUGUCCCCCGCCUGAGCGGACAGAAGCGCGCAGCACUGAACCAGAAAUACUCUGCGCUCAAAGAACUGCGACGCUUCGACGAGGCGCAUCUCCUCAGCAAGCAGCUCGAGCCCCCGACCGAGGGGACCGAGAACGAGUGGACGGCCAUGGCGCUCAUCACGAAGCACAACAGUGCGCACGCGCUCCACAGGGGAGGCCGCAGCCGCGAGGCGCGCGUCGUCGUUGACGAGGUGCUCAGGAACGUCAGGGGACCGGACGGGGAGCUGAGGGUCAACCGACGGGAGUAUCUCGCCUUCCUGAACCUCAAAGCAGACCUGCUGCUGCGCGGCGGUGACGGGACGGGCGACAUGAACGAGGGGCUGGCGCUGUUCAAGCAGGUGUACGACGAGCAAAUCGCAACGACGGGCGUGGUCGACUCGGACACGUGGAUCGCGGCCAACAAUGUGGUCAACACGCUGGCAGACGCUCCGGAUGCAUUUCCCGACUCGGCGCAAACGAGCGCGCGCAUAUUCGUCGAAAUGCUGACGGCGUGUGCGGCGCCGGGCAUGAAGCAGCUGCGAAACCAAGAUUCGGGCAAGUUCCAGAGGCACGUACGCGUCUUUCUUAUUCACUUUGACGAGUUCUUCAGAACGGGGCGUGUUCCGGCCGCCGAGAGCGACAGGCUCCUCCAUCUGCGCGAGACCCUGAUGAACAAGUUUCUCCUCCAGACGGACGUCACUGUUUUCGUCGAGACCUUCUCGGUUCACAAUACGCGUGGGGUGCACCUCCAACAGCGGGGGCGCGCUGCCGAAGCAGAGAUAUGCCAUCGAGAUGCCAUGAAGGGUCUCGUCGAGUGGGGGGCCAUGGGGGCUGACAGGCCGCCCGUCCCGGGGUUGAACUCUGCCAAAGACUAUGAGGAAACCGUCGCGACCUAUCACUACAACAUUAUGCUAGCAAUAGCUCGUCAAGGCCGUUUAGAGCACGCGCGCGCCUACCGAGAGGAGAACAAGAGGUCACUAGAGUUUGCGGAAACGUGCUGGGGGCCUUUGGAGGUGAGAAUGCAGACUGACGAGAUGGACAGGCUCGUCCAUGCGGAAGCACAGAAGCGAUUGCUCGAUGGGGACGUGCCGAGUGAUGAUCCCGAGGGCUGGUGGAUGCAGCACGAUGUACAUCUCUCUCGAUCCAAGAUGAGAUAUGGAGUUCUUAAGGUUCCAAAGGCCGGAGAGAACAUGGUAGUAGUUGUUGACGACAAGGAGAUCAAUAAUGCGAGUGUACAAGAAGAACGGGAACUCGAAAAGCAGCAACAAGAGGUACAACAACUACAACAAAGCGAUCCAGAUCCACGGGAAACAGCCAAACCACAGACAGAAAUCUCCACAGCGAAGACUAGUAGCAGAUGGGGGAAACGGCUGAAGCUUGCGCUAAGGGAGAGGAUGAAGGUCUCUUCACCAGAGGCGGUCCCUGUAGCUAGGUAG